AGAAAAAACGAGAAGACGUUGUUCGAGUGACAAGAAAAGAAACUGAUCGACUCGAUUCGGAUCGCGUAUCAGAUUAAAAGUGCAGUGCUCGGUAGGAGAAAAGUGUGGCUCGGCGGGCAAACGUCAUUUAUAAUGCCGGAGAAAGAAGUGGCGUACCACCCGGAGGCCUUCUCGCUGCUGCCGCCGCCGCCACCGCAUCAUCUAGCCCAUCCGCACUCGGCCUUCCACUCGACCUAUCACACGCACCAUCCGCACCAUCCGGUCUCGCCCUCGGCCUUUCACAGUCACCACCAGUCGGCAGCGGCCGCCGCCGCCGCAGCCGCCGCAUGGGAGCAUCACGCCGCGGCCGCGGCCGCUCUGGCCUUUCACGCGCCACCCCCUCAUCCAUUGGCAGGUAACACGAGCCUGACGAAUGGGACGAGCAACGGCUUGGGGGUCGGCGGCAGCGACCCGGCCGAGGGCGACACGGGCAACGACGGCGGUGGCAACGGCAACCCGGCCAGCGACUUCAUGCGACGAAGCCAUCCGCUGCCCGAGCACGCGGCCCUCCAUCCCGCCUACAGGCUCAACUACAUGGACCAUCUGUAUCAUCAGCUGCAGGCGUCGACGCACAGCCCCUCGGCCUCCUUGCACGGAUUGGGUGGCUUGGGCUCGGAGUAUCUACUUCACGCAGCUGGCCCCGGCAGCACCAUAGCCUCGUCCGAGUUUCCUUUCUCGAUAGACGGUUCGAGACUGGGCAGCCCUCGGGCCUCGGCAAUAAGGGCCAGCCGCAAGCGAGCUCUCAGCAGUUCUCCGUACUCGGACCGCUUCGACAUCGACAGCAUGAUACGCUUCAGUCCCAACAGUCUGGCCUCGAUCGUCAACGGCUCGAGGAGCAGCAGCGCCAGCGGCAGCUACGGUCAUCUAUCCGCAGCCAUGAGCCCGGCCCUGGGCAUGCAUCCAGGUAUGGCGCCGCAUCUGCAGCAGUUGCAGGCGCACCUGUUGCGCAGCGCCGCGGCUGCGGCCCUCCUGCCUCACGGCCACGCUCUGCAUCAGCCUCCACCCGGUCAGCCGCCACCGCCGCCGCCGCCGGCCUCGCAGAAUCCUCCGGGGCCGCAGCAUCCCUCGCACGGCCACGGGACUCCGCAUUCCCACGUGCACGGACAUCACACGACGCAGCAGCAGCAGCAACAACAGCAACAACAAGCGACCAGCGUCACGGCUCACACUCAGCUUUAUCCCUUGUCUCCGCAUCACGGCCACGCACCGCCCAGCCUACUGCCCACCAAAACCGAGCAGGGUCUCGAGUCUUGCCGAAGAAAUUCCGACGUGUCGUGCAGAUCCGUCACGGCGGAGGCCGACACGUCGACGAGGCGAGGCUCCACGAAGAUCAAGAGGGAGCCGGCCACGACGACCACGACCACGGCUACCAGCACCAUACCCUCGAGCCACUCGCAGGGUCUCAGCCCGAGCGACGAUAUGCGAGACGAGCCCGGCGAUUUCAUCGAGACCAAUUGCCACUGGAAGGACUGCGGACUCGAAUUUCCCACCCAGGAUGAUCUCGUCAAGCACAUCAACAACGAUCACAUUCACGCGAACAAGAAAAGCUUCAUUUGCGGCUGGGAGCAAUGCUCGAGGGACGAAAAACCAUUCAAGGCCCAAUACAUGCUGGUCGUGCACAUGCGCAGGCACACCGGCGAAAAACCACACAAGUGUACGUUCGAAGGAUGUUUCAAAGCGUACUCGAGAUUGGAGAAUUUGAAAACUCACUUGAGAUCGCACACGGGUGAAAAGCCGUACACCUGCGAAUACCCGGGCUGCAGCAAAGCCUUCAGCAACGCUUCGGAUCGCGCCAAGCACCAAAAUCGCACGCACUCCAACGAGAAACCGUACGUGUGCAAAGCGCCGGGAUGCACGAAGCGAUACACCGACCCGUCCUCGUUGCGCAAGCACGUGAAGACGGUCCACGGCGCCGAGUUCUACGCCAACAAGAAGCACAAGGGCGGCAACGGCAGCAGCAGCAGCGACGGCCACGGGGGCCACGGAGGCGGCGGCGGCGGCUCCAACGGGGCCCAGCCCGGCGACCUCGGAGCCAACGACGAGCCCGGCAACGGCGGCCACAGCAGCCCGAGCCGCAGCGAGGACCUGCACGCCAAGACCCCGAGCCUCUCGAGCCCCAGCGUCAAGUCCGAGAGCGAGGCCAACAGUCCGCAGGGCAUGAUGAACCAGCAGGGCAGUCCUUUGCACGUGGCCAACUGCAUGGACGACGGCUCGGCGGCCAAUAUGGCAGCCACGUUGGCCGGUCACGGAGCCGGCGACGGGGUCGGCGGCGACGAGCCCUGGACCGAGGAGCCCGACGAUCUCGACAUCGCCGAUCUGCCGCUGGCCCUGCGCGCCAUGGUCGGUGGCUUCGAGGCCCAGUCCCAGCCGCAGGUGCCGAUCGCCUCCCGCGGAAGGCUGAAGAACCGACUGAGCGGAAAGCCCGGCGCCGCGGUGGCCACGAUCGGCUCGCGCAUCGCUCGCGGCAGUCCCUUCGUCGGGCCCCAGGGUAACAUCGGUGAGCUUAACAGGCGCAUCAACGACCUGAAAAUGGAGACGGGCCCAGCGGCGCCCGUGGGGCACGCCAAGCAGACCAGCCUGGCCGACCUGCAGAUCAGGCUGCAGCCCCUGAGCGAUCCGCGCCGCGACAGCAACGGCACCGUCAGCACCUACUACGGCAGCAUGAAGUCCGCGGACUUUGGCAGCAGUCGCCGGAGCAGCCAGACGAGCGCCGUCAGUGCCAUAAGAAACGGCUCGCUCGGGCCCGGCAGUUUCUACGACCCCAUCAGUCCCGGCAAUUCCAGGAGGAGUAGCCAGCUCAGCAGUGUCUCGGCGCGCGUCAACGCCUCCAGCAAUGCUCUGCAAAUUCCCUACUCGACCAGCAAUCUCGUCGUGCAAACCCAAAACAUGUCCUUACAGGGCGCACAGGCAACGAUGGGCAACGACUGGACCGUCAUGGGUCAGUGGCCUCCUGGCGCAGCCGGCGACAGGAGAAUGUCCGAGCCCGCGAGAACCAUCCACAGUCAACGAGUCUCGCCGGCCAUGCCGCCCAGACCACGAUCGGCUCAACUGCCGGAACUGCACCCGAACCAAGAGGUCAUCCUCGACGAGGUCGGCGAGGGAGAAAUGGUCGAGAACAAGCUCGUCAUUCCUGACGAGAUGAUGCAGUACUUGAACCAAGUUCAAGCCGCCGACAUCGUACCUCCGUCGGGCUAUCGCAACAGUCCCAUGCCCAACUGUCGAUCGCCCGUUUGCACAAGCGCUCAGCAUUGCCAGCAGCAGCAGCAACGUCAACAAGCAGCGACCUGCAAUUACAAUUCGAACAAUCAAGCUGCCUCCUGCAAUUUCGGACAAAUCAAUCAAACCGCUGGCAGCGCCGCGCCUCAGGCUUCGAAUUGCCCGGACUACGCGGCGGUCGACUCGCCGCACUCGAUAUACUCGAAUCCGCGCUCCAAUCAAUCGGCUAACUACUGCGCUCCAGCGAGUCAUGGACCGGUCCAAGCUUGCCCCUUGCAGUCUAACUCUGGCCAAACAGUUUUAGCCGAUGCGCCGCUCAGCAAUCAAAGUAACCCGAGCGAGCAGCCUAUGACAUCUCCUGCUGCUGGAGCUCUAGCGCCGCCUCAAGUUCUCCACAACAUGCAGCAAACCUCGGCUCAAAUGACUAGAAAUUGCUCCAAAAUCACGUCGGAACAGAAUACAACUUUCUAUCCUACCGGAUACUCUUGUUCGGCUCCAAUGAACAACAACUGCCCUAGCAUCCAAGUGCAGCAGCAGCAGCAACGACUUCAACAACAACAGCCUCAAAUGGCCAAUCGAGCAACAGUAACUGCAGCAACCCCUUGUGUUCCGGCAAAUUUCAAUAACAUGAGCAACCAGCCCUGUAACGCUUAUCAUUCUGCCCGACCACCGAGCAACGGAUGCUCGACAGUCGCGCCACAUUGUCAGCAACAAGCUGUGCACGUUUAUCCUCAUCAAGCCACGAGUAGGCAAAUGGGACAGAAUCAAAAUGACGUGGCCAUGAGCACUGACCGAUGCUCGCUAGCUUCGCACGAUAACAAUUCGAUGCUCAACGUCCGAAAAACUCCACAGAGUGGUCUUAAAGCCAAUGUCAUGAAUCCUAUGAUGAGUCCAAACACAAUGGAGCACUGCCCACGCCAAAUGGCAUCUCCUCAUUCAAUUGUUCCUAAUUCUAAGCCUGUCAACUCUGUUGGCAUGAUGGAUUUACAAAUGCAGAAUCCCUGCUCACCAGGAUCAGCGAGUAACUGCUCUCAUUCCAAUCCUAUUGGACCUCAUCAUCCCAUGGUCAACCCAAAUCUGUUGCCAAAGGACCAAACAUCCAAAAAUUGUUCCUAUAAUAACGCUCACACCCAGUAUUGUUGUCACAGUCAGGCUCAACAUCAAAAUAUGGCUCAACAACAGCAAUCGCAGCAAACACAACAUCAUCAUCAUCACCAUCACCAACAGCAGCAGCAACAACUACAACAACAGCAACAACUACCACAACCACAAUUACAACAGCAACAAAUUCUACAACAACAUCAAUUAGUUAACAAUUCUCAUUUUGUUAGUUGUGGCAGCGAAUGUCCAUGGACUUUUAAUGGAGGACAGUGUCACAUGGCUUCGAAUCCACACCAUGGCCAUAACGGUGGCGAUGUACCUGAAAUUCAAUGCCGGGACAUAAGUCAAUCUCAAGGCUCGCCCAUGAAACCUCCACAAGGUAUGCAGCAAGACUCCUACCGAAGGACAUUGGAGUACGUGCAACAGUGUAGGAAUUGGUCGAGCAAUGCGUCCAUGAUGUCAAACGCUGAGUCCAAUGUAUCUAGUUCUACUCAUCCUCUAACAUUGCCACAACCUUUAUCUAGCAGUACCAACAUGAUUGUUAAUGAUAUGACUUCUUCGCUUAGUUCUUUGUUAGAAGAAAAUCGUUAUUUACAAAUGAUCCAAUGAUCUCGAAAUUGCAAUUAAUUAUUAAGUAUUUAUUAUAAAUGAAUAAUCAAUUUUCGUGAGUGUGCUUGAACGUUGAAGGAGACUGUCAUACGAACUAUUCAACAAAAGUUAUAUUUAAAGUGUUUAGACUAUUACAAUAUAUAGUGAAUUAAAAUAUUUAAAACUGAAUUAUUCAAUUUAUUAUAAGAACUGUAAUUAAAUUUAUAAAUAUUUAUCGGCUAUAUAGUAUCCUUAAGUUGUAUCAGUAAUAAAACCAGAGUAAUUGUCUAAUGAAAUUUCAUGUAAAAUCUGUAUUUUGUGCAGAUUGAUGUUUUUGUAUUAUUUUACAAUAAGAAGUGUGAAUGGAAACGAAGCGAAGUUAAUUGACAGCCGCUUGAUAACAAAAUGUCUUAGUUUCUAAAAUAAUGGGAAAACGAAAAUUUCGAUAAUGCUUUUUCUCAAGAUUUUUAUACUAGGCGACGACACAAACUGUGAUAUAUUUGAAAAAUCAAAGUCGACGCUGCAAAAAAAUGAGCGGUCUUAAAUAAACUCUUGCUGCAAUACUUUCAUAAACACAAUUAGUUUAGAUAUAUAAUUGUAGAUAGAGACGUUAUUCUACCGGGUGAACAUAAAUAAAUUUCUAGUUUCUUUUUUACUAUGAACAAUUAAUUUACAAUUAUAUAUGAAAAUCAGUUAUUGAGAUUUUUACUAUGUACACAUUGAUAAUUAAUAUAACUGUGUUAUUAUUAUAAUACAUUUAUUCGAUUUUUUCAUUUUGCUAUAUUUUUACUCUAUCCUAAAUGUAAGCUCUUUUAUCCUAAAUGUCUGUGAAUUUUUAAGUAUGACUGACUACUUUAAAUUUAUUAUUAUAAUUUUCGCGCCAUCAUCUACGUCAAUUUUCUUCACGAGUCAACGCAAAUUUCUGUAGAAAUUGUAAACAGUGCAAUUGACAAAUAAGGAAAGUUAAUUACACAUAUUUUGACUCUGAUGUAGUGAUUAAUUGCAAAACUGUUAUGCAGCAUGUUUUACUAUUCCCUAAUCCCAUUAUUAUACCAUGACAAGUUGAGUAGUAUUCAAAAAAUAAAUUUGAUUAAAAAGAAAACUGACUUUUGUGUUACAAUCAUUUCAAGAAAUUAUGCUUUUAUUUAAAAUAAAUUAUAACGA